AUCAUUUGCACAGUACCGAAAUCUUCGCUAGUAUCAGCCGGCCGGCAGUGUGCUGCACGCCGUUGCUAAAGAUUCACCGACUCUCCGUAUUAUUUAUUAAUUUUCAUGUACAGUUCGCGAGUGAAUAAGAUUCAUGUUAACCUCAAGUUAACUGAGUAAUAAGUUUAUGGAAAAAAAAAUGUUUUAUAAAAAAGUCAUAACUUUGAACACUAUGUAGUACUAAAAUAUUGUUUCGAUGAUCACGACAUAUAUUCUAACUUGUAAUUUACAAUUAGUUUCAGUUGUUUUAUACUGUUGAUUGGAUAUCAGAAAUGAAAGCGAUGGUUAUUAAUGUAUUUUGUAUCUUUGUUAUUGGCUGUCGAAUCAUUGAUAUCGAUGGAACACUCACUCAAAUGCAUCCUUUCAAAGAUAACGAACAAUUAGCUAAUUCUGUUAGUCAAUCACUUCAUGAUCCUUUAAUGCCUAGGUUCGCUGAACCGAUACCCAAUGUCACGGUGAGUGUGGGACGAGAUGCUUUGCUGGCUUGUGUUGUGGAUAACUUACGAGAAUUUAAGGUNGCGUGGGUUCGAGUCGACACUCAAACUAUACUAACUAUCCACCACAAUGUCAUUAGUCAAAAUCCAAGACUAACUCUGUCAUACAAUGACCAUCGGUCGUGGUAUUUGCACAUCAAGGACGUUCAAGAAGAAGAUCGAGGAUGGUACAUGUGUCAGGUAAACACCGAUCCCAUGCGCAGUAGACAAGGAUACUUACAAGUUGUUGUUCCUCCGAGUAUUGUAGACAAGGAGACGAGCACAGACAUGGUAGUACGCGAGGCGAGUAAUGCUACUUUAGUAUGCAAAGCGGCCGGGUAUCCGGAGCCGUAUGUUAUGUGGCGACGAGAGGACGGAGACGAUAUUAAUUAUAACGGAGAAACAGUUAACUUUGUCGAUGGUGAAGUUUUUCACAUAACAAGAGUUAGCCGAUUACAUAUGGGCGCAUAUUUAUGUAUAGCAUCUAACGGUGUACCUCCGUCCAUUAGCAAAAGAGUCACGCUCAAAGUCCAAUUUCCGCCAAUGUUGACAAUAUCAAAUCAAUUAGUUGGAGGAUAUAUUGGCCAGGAUAUUAAACUGGAAUGUCACACAGAAGCAUUUCCAACGUCCAUUAAUUUUUGGACGACCGAAAAAGGGGAUAUGAUUGUUUCAGAUAUGACUGUUUCAGGGGAAAAAUACGAGGCAGUUUCUACUGACAAUGGAUACAAUAAAUACAUGAUUUUGAAAAUUAGAAAACUGUCUCCACAAGAUUUUGGAUCUUAUAAGUGUGUGGCAAAAAACUCACUUGGAGAAACCGAUGGAUUCAUCAAGCUUGAUCAGAUCCCAAUGCCAUCUAAACCUAUGAUAAGUUUUGAAGAUAUUGACAUUGAUAAUGAAAUUGAAAAAGGCAUUUAUGAAGAAAACACAUCAUCAGAUUUAAUUUUGUUAUCAUUUCCGACCGAUAACAACUUUUCCAGUUCAGCGUUUUCCCUUAACUAUUCCUAUUCUAGUUGGAUUUUAAGACAAUAUUUUAUAAGCAUAUCAAUUAUCUUGCUCUAUUUUUUUAAAUAUUUUCCACUUGACUUUUAGAGUAACGAUUUAUAUAUCUUUGUAAAACAUUGUUAUUUUAUGUUGCAUUUAAAUCAUGUAAAUAAAUGUAAAGUAGCAUCAUAAAAUUUGUAAAUAAGUCAUUUAUGUUUUUAAAUAUGAUUGAUUUUUUUUUAUUUAUAAGAUGAUAGAACUAUUC